CCACUUCCCACAUAAAUACAUUCCCCCCCUAUUCCUCUCUCCCUCAAACCUCCCCUUUCUUUCUCGUCCCCAUCAGAUUCAUUCAAACCCCCAUUUUCUAGCAGAAGAAGCAGCAAAGAUGAGGAUGAGCUGUAAUGGAUGUAGAGUCCUCCGGAAAGGUUGCAGCGAGAAUUGCAGCAUCAGACCUUGCUUGCAGUGGAUCAAAAACCCUGAAUCCCAAGCCAAUGCCACUGUCUUCCUUGCCAAGUUCUAUGGCCGUGCUGGGCUCAUGAACCUCAUUAAUGCCGGCCCUGAACACCUCCGUCCUGCGAUAUUCAGGUCUCUUCUCUACGAAGCUUGUGGGAGGAUAGUGAAUCCAAUUUAUGGUUCAGUUGGGUUACUCUGGUCUGGAAGCUGGCAGCUCUGCCAAACCGCAGUUGAAGCGGUUCUGAAAGGCGAACCGGUUAUUCAAAUCUCCUCUGAAGCAGCGAUAAACCCAAGCCCUCCCAUGAAAGUGUCCGAUAUACGGCACGUCUCCAAGGAUGAGAACUCUGCUGCUUCUCAAGAACUUCACAAGGUCAAGAACCGGAGGUUCAAACGUUCUUCAGUCAAGCCGAAGGCCAAACUCGGUCUGGCCGCCGAGUUUAUAUCCGAACCGGUCGUUACCGACCAUGAAAAUAUCUUCAACCGUGCGUCCAGCAAUGAUCACGAGUCGACUGGGAGUCAUCAGACGGAGUUGAAUGUGGAAAGAGACGGAGACAGCAGAGAGACAGAGAGUAUGUUCUCCGUUGAGACGGUGGAGCCGUCGCUUGUGAGCCAAGCCGUUAAAUCCUCCGAUGAGAGCGAGGUUGAAUUGGAACUUACCCUCGGCUUCGAGCCUGUUCACCGCACUGGUACUAGCCCAGUGGGCCCCAAUAUGAGACGUGGUGAUAUGAAUGGUUACAGUGGUGACAGAUGUAAGAUGGAGCUGAGCCUUGAAAAUCUGGCAUGAGUCGUGAAUCGUGAUGCCUUUUGCUUCUCUUACCGUGAGGAGAGAGACACCAGUUUUGCCGGAUUUUUUAUUUUUUAUUUUUAGUUUUCUUCCUAUGUGUCUUCUGUGCAUAAAUCUAUAAAAUUAGAUAUGGGAAAAAGAGCUGUCCAGAGGGCUGUCCUACAUAAAACCAGUUCCCAUUAGAUAUAUAGAGGGAUAGAAUAGGAUUUUUUCAUAUCUUCUUUUCUUUAUUUUAUACAAGAGAUGUAAUCAACUUCAUAGUUAUGACUUUCCUUAUCAUUAA